UCUGGUUUUCCGUUUGACAAACAGCUGACCAGUCUUGGGUGAACCUGUGACGACAGUUGUUUGUAGGCGGGAGUGUGCAAGAUUUUUAGAGCUUUGUCUAAAGAAAGUGUCUUUCUAAACCAUUAUGUUUGCGAAAAGAAUGAAAAACUUUGAAACCAGUGCGGUUAUAUAGCAUAUGCGUACGUCGGUGUUAAAAUUACAGCACGACAAUAAGAUGCAUAGUUCGGCACUGAGUCAAGAAGUGGAAGAUGACGCGAACGAGGCGGAAGUAUUAGUAGGCGUGGCCACACUCGUAACGGAGGGCCGCGUCCCGGGUCAGCCGGUGUCCCCCGGAAACUGCAAAACGAAGGGAUUCCACGAAGGUCCUCACUGCGCCCCCCAAAAAACACCGAAACCGCCACACGAGUGCAAUCGAACGAACCCAUUGUGUCGGCAAUUCCAGGACCAUCGCGACACUAUUUUGAGGCUGUGCAAGAAGGGCGCACCGCUCUGCGUCGAAGUUAUCGUUACGUGUCCGUGCAAUGAGGGGGACACUUUAGACGAUGCCCUUCUGUUAGAGCAGUGGCACUUUCGUAUCACCUCCGACAGGACUUCCAAACCUGUACCGUUCAAAGUCAAUCAGUUGGUGAGCGCAAUCCGGUCCCAACUGUACUUCUCUCAAUUAACGGCGUGGCUGGUGACGCAACGGGACGACCCAAAUCGCGUUAGAAUCGUCCGGGAGAACCUGCGGUAUCGACUGUGCCUCCCAGAAGGCGCUCUUGCUCCCAGAACCUUUUCGUUGACUGCUAUUGAGCACCGGUUUCCUGCAGCGGAUAUCGGGAACGGAAAUACGUUGAAUGUGUGGUUCUGCAGUGCUCCGAGGUCAGCGCCGGUGCCGUCGUUUAACUGCGCUAACUGUUCUGAGGAGGCAAAGAGCGGCUCGAAAGAGAUGGAAUCUAAGAAUGGUGUUCUCGAUGACAGAAUGCAUACCAUCUGCACAUUGAAAGGCAAACACCGGUGCGAGGACUUCGAAGAAAACGAUGUGAAGACAAAACCUGCUUGCGCGGGAGCCAACAAGCGGCUCUGCCACGCCACCAAACAGUUCGAAACCAACAUCGCGCAGGCGUCAACAUCUGACGAUCGCGAUACGACCCGACGACCGUUUCUCAGGCUCGACACCGACCGGACGAACGUAACCAUAAACUACCUGUUUGAUGUGGCCAACGACGAAUGCCAUAAGCGUGAUCUCAAACCCGCCUCUCCGGCCACGCCCCCGGACAAAGGUCAGAUCCUGUUGGACGCGAUCGAGCGUACCGGUCGCGACUCCAAAGAGGAACCCAAGAAGAAGAGAAAAAAUAAUGCCGCCAAAGGGAGCGAGUGUAAUAAAUUCAAAUGUGAUACGAGCGAGCGUGAUAUAAUUAAGGAAAAAAAUAGUUUUAAUAUAUACGUAGACAAAAAUUGUGAUAAUCCGGUGCCGACCCCGGCACAAACCGCGGUUAAGAGGGGCGGCGGGGCCAGGCAGCGGAUCACGUUCGAUGGCGUGGGGACUAGGGAGAGCAGCGAGGUGCCCACCCCCUCCGAACAGGCCAAGUUCCGGAAGAGUUUGGGCAACGCUACUUCCAUGGUGUUCCAUUCGGGCACGGGCUUACCCCUGACCAGUAGUCCUGCCCCCAUGCGGAAGGGCAAGUCGAGAUUCGACUUUGACUCGUCGCUAAAUUCGGUGUCCGCGAUAAAGAGCGCUCUGUUCUCGGACAGCCUCUCGAUUGAUGACGAAAGCGAAAGCGACGGCAGUAUAGUGUCGCCGUGCAGCCCUGAGGUUUACGUAAGCCCUAAGGGCGCGCGACCCCCACUGACGUAUCGACGCAAGGGACACUCCUCGAGUUUGUUAGGAACGUUUGAAGAGUCCGUACUCAACGGUCGCCUGGAACCGGUAUCUACUGUACAAGGAUUCAGGGCAGAAUUGGGAGCGAGUGGCUCAUUCGUUCCCAAACACGCUAUCUUGCCCGUCACCGUAUUUUUCUACACUUUUUGCGACAACGACAAAGUGUCAUCCCCUUAUUUGGGCCACAUAAACUUGGGAAGGAAGGGUUAUAACGUGCCCAAAACUGGCACGGUACAGAUAACACUGUUCAACCCGCUGGGCACGGUGGUUAAAAUGUUCGUUGUAAUGUACGAUCUGUCUGAUAUGCCGCCCAACUCGCAGACCUUCAUACGCCAGCGCACCCUCUUCAUGCCCACCGGAAGCGGCGGUCAUACUCCCGCGUGGGAACCCAAAUGGCUGCGGUACCUCAUACACCUCAGAUUCAUGAGUUCCAAAUCGGGCAAAAUUUACCUGCACAGUGACGUCCGAAUGAUCGUAUUUCGGAAAUGUGACGUCGAUACCGCAACCGCUCACGAUUUCGAUUUAGACUACGAUCUGCGCAGCUUCACCCAGAUGCCCACCAACCCGAAAUACUCGUCCAGAAAGUAGCGCGACGCCCGCGACCCCGCCCCCUGUCUGCGCAGGCGGGUGUUACGUAGGAGCACUGCGGCGGCAGCGUUCAGCCACCAGCGCACGCUUCCCGAAACCACUUCGUCCAUUAAUUUCUACGGUCGCGUGUGUCGCCUGUUUGCAGGUUGCUUUUUUAGUAAAUACAGUCCCGGGGUCGCGCGCGUUUGAAUCAAGUUUUCGCGUUUGUUUUAGCCGGUUAAAACGCACUGGAGUGAGGUUAUGUUUGUGCGGUCGGGUUUUUCACAAGAGGUGGUUCCGCAAUAGAAGCAAACCAGAAAUACAAAAUUUUCUGACUUUUCGUUGAAUGUAUGUUAGUUUUUCUGAAUAAUAAAAGUGAAAUUGUACAAAUAUCAUCUUCAAUUAAUUGUGUAAAGCUAACUGAAAAGUGGCUGAAUAAAUGGAUUUGACUCUCCCAAACUUCGCUGGCACUGUCUUUCACAUAAUUGACCUAUCUGCUUCUACUCUUUUUGUGACACAAAUGCCACAAGUAGAGUUCGCCAAAAAAUAUACCGUUUUUACGACACCUUUGUUCAAUUUUUAUGAAGGUGUAACCGCAGGCCUACCUCGCUUGGUGUUCCAGAACCGUACUUUUUCAUCGGGCUUCAUAGGUGAGAUUCCUCGAUUAUAUUAGUUCGUGGAGUGAAAAAUGAAUUCUUACUUUUAAAUGUUUAUUAUAAAUGUAAAUAAAGGAGUAAAUUCAGCCAUAAAACAAUGUUAGAAUAUUUAUAAAAAAAAAGGUAUUUUACAUAAAAAUAUAUUCAAAAAUAUUUUAAACCCUUAAAUUAGAAAUCAGUUUAAGCUUUCUAAUGUGUUUUUAAUAUAGGAUAUCAACCUAUGUAAUGGGCAGAUUCAACUUGUAAUCGAGCUCAAGCUCAAGUCUCUUCCGUUUUUCAACAGUACAAGAGACGGGUCUUACACGGCGGGUCCUACACUCAUUCCGAAGUCAAAACCAUAAAAGGUUGUAAAAACGGUAUAUUGUUGGAAAAGUAUGUCAAUUUUGAUUUUCGCGGGUCAUCAAAAUUAAUUGCGCAGAAGGAAUUCGUACACGCAACCAAAGCUACAAGUAUUAUUGUAUUAUACUUUAUAUCGUGGAUUACGAAAAUAACUGCGAUUGUGUACUGAACUCGAAAAUCGGGAAUUUCUUUUCGUAACUCAGCGAAUGUUUGCGCCGUAAUUUUAAUGCAAUUCAUAACAUAUCAAAAAUAAUGUGAAAAAAUGUUUGUUAACAUAAACAACACAUUUUAAAA